UUUCGACAUUUAUUCACCAUUUUUGGAAUAUUAAAACAAUAUAAUGAAUUGUGGUUUAUCUUUUUUGGGAGUAAGAGUGAAUCUUUAAUGUUUACUCAAAGGAGGAAAACAGGAAGUAUCUGUUUUGGGAGUGUAUCUGUAACUUAGCUUUAUCAGUGUACGUUAAAUUGAAAACAAUAUUUAAAUACAGAUUGGUUUGGCGUUUAAAUGUGCAUUAAAGUAGAUAAUUUCCUUGAAUUUUACAUAUUCCUUUAUAAGCUUGUCCCACAAUUGCUUUGUGUAGCCACAAAUUAAGGAUAUAUCUCGAUAGAGAUGAAGGUGAUUUUGAACUGUGCAUCGAUUUUUACCGUUUCUAUGGAUGCUUUCUAAUGUAGAAAGGGCGUGGAUUUACAAGACGUAUAUAGAUCGGUAUUUUAAAGUCUUGAGAACAAUCUUACUUUUGAAAAAAACUCAUACCAAGACUAGACGAUGCAGACUUUUCAAUCAGGUCCAACUAUAACACGGGACUUUAACUUCGCUAAAGACAUAUUCAAAUUGUGCAAAUAAGGAGCACUUCUUGAAGCGACGAUUUUCAUUUUUUCAAAGUUAUCAAGCCCAAAGAUGCCACAAGUAAACUUCCUUUACGAGUUUGUUGAGGGAAAGUUUGGCUCGCUGUUUGCCCGGUAUGGUCGUUUUGUUGCCCGGCACCCUUGGCAUGUCCUUAUUAUUGCUGUUGUGGUGAACCUCGCUCUUGGAAUAGGCAUGGUCAGAUUUCGAAUCGACAUUGACGCAGAGCACGUCUAUCUACCCCAAGAUUCUCAGUCAAAGAAAGACCAGCACUUAAUCGAGAGUACAUUUCCUGAUCUAACCGGAAGAAACUACAACCCACUGUAUGACGUUUAUUUCGACAGCCUCUGGGCUCGCGUAAUUGUUCGGGCAAAAUCAGGGAACCUUCUUUCUAGAACGUCUCUUGAAGCAGUCAAAGACUUUAACACCUUUUUACAAACAAUGAAUGCUACAGCCGACGAUGGAACCAUUGUCACGUUCAAUGACAUAUGUGCCCGUGCAUAUGGUAUCUGUGCCGUGGAUGGCUCAAUUUUCUGGAACAACGAAUUCCUCGCUGCCGUCGAUGCUGGCAAUGUGACGUUUCCGGUCUUUGUUUCAUCCAUAGUCGGAAACGUCUACUACGCUUUAAAUGUAGACAAGUCUGCAACCACGGAUGCCAAUGGAUUCUUGAAGCAAAUGAAGUACAUACAUCUAAACUAUGAGCUUCGUAAAGACACUUCUGACGAUUACAUAAAGAAAUGGAUGGAUGCUUUUGUUGAUCACAUGGAGGCGUACAACUCCGAUAAACUGGACAUUGCCUAUGGUCAUCACACUUCAAUUGAUGAAGAAUUAGACAGAAAUGUAACUGGUGAUAUCAAAUGGUUUGCUGUUACCAUUCUUCUUAUGGUCCUAUAUGCCUGUCUUGCAACGUUAUCUAUAAGGGACGUAGUGAGUCAACGAGCUAUGCUGGGGUUGGCUGGUAUAUCUGCAGCGGCUCUUGCUAUUUUUGCCAGUUUUGGGUUCUGUUCAGCAAUCGGAUUGGAGUUUGUCAGUAUUGUUGGGACGGUCCCUUUUCUUAUUAUCGGGAUUGGUAUUGACGACAUGUUUUUGUUGUUAUCGGCUCUGGCGGGAGCGCAAGGAGAAGCAACUGUUGAAGACAAAAUGGCGACAACACUGCAGACCUCGUGUGUCAGUAUCACAAUUUCAUCCCUCACAGACCUUAUUGCCUUUAUGUCUGGUGCAGGGUCCAGCUUUAUAGCUGUCAGGAAUUUUUGUGUCUAUACUGGUGUCGCGGUUGUGUUCUGCUACUUAAACAACAUCACCAUUGUCACCGCGGCUCUUACACUCAACGAAAGACGUGUUGAUGCAAACCGGCAUUUCUUUACGUGUAGGCGCGUUAAAACAGAACAAAGCCUAGAGGUCGAAAGAAAAUCAAGAUCCUACAUCAUUUGCUGUAGUGGUUCCCCACCCAGUAAUCGUGAAGAGGCAGAAAGUCUACUUGACAAAUUUCCGAGGUGGUUGUUUCCAAAGAUUGUGCUAAAAUUACCGUUUAAAAUCGUUAUUAUUUUGCUAUUUCUUGGAUAUCUGGCAGCAGGAAUUUACGGAUGUGUCCAUCUAAAACAAGGACUCGAAUUUACCCAAUUGGUUCAGGAAGAUUCGUAUUUCUAUAAAUAUUCGGAUUUACUCCAAACAAAGUUUAAACGUCAAUAUCCAAUAUCGUUUUUGACAACGCAAACAUAUAAAUACACUGAUCCGAAUACAACGGCACUAAUAGAUGGUAUUUUAAGCACAGCCAAAGCGAAUGACUAUUUUGACGAUUCAUUUGAAUCCAACUGGCUUAAAGUUUACAUGGCAAGUGCGUAUUAUGAUGGAACUAGCGAAUUGAAUUUCAUAAACGGUUUCAAAAGCUUUAUUACCAACCCCAAGUUUACUCGAUAUGAAAACGACAUUGUGAUUGACUCUAGCGGAACGAAAAUAACUGCGUCAAGGUAUUAUGUGCUAUCAAGGGUUCUUUCGGACAGUCAAGAAGAAGGAAAAAUGAUGCUAAAGGCGCGAGAAAUAGCCAAAAAUGCUCAGAUGAACUGUCUAGCAUUCUCCCCAUACUUUGAUGUUUUUGAACAGUAUGUAAGUGUUCUUGGCCAGACUCUACAAUCAGUGGGUAUAGCAUUAGCUGCAGUGUUUGUUGUGACAUGUUUACUUAUGCCUCAUCCAGUCCUGAUUAUAUUUGUAACCGUUGCUGUAACAAUGAUAAUGGUCGGGGUGUUCGGUUAUAUGCUUUAUGUUGAUAUAGCACUUAGCGCCAUCACUAUGGUACAGCUAAUCAUGUGUAUUGGUUUCUCUAUAGACUUCACAGCACAUAUAUGUCACGGUUAUAUAGUAGCUCCAGGAGCUGACAAAAAUCUUAGAGUGGAACAAGCAAUAGACGAAGUCGGUGCGCCAAUAUUCCAUGGGGCAUUUUCAUCAUUAUGUGGAGUAGUUAUACUUUUUGCCGCCACAUCCUAUAUAUUUAAAACGUUCGCAACAAUUAUGUGUUUCGUUCUCCUUUUUGGAAUCGCACAUGCACUUUUGUUACUUCCGGUAGUGUUGUCUUGGAUAGGGCCUGGUCAUCUAAAACUAAAACGUGAGGUAACGCCGCAAAACUCUCAACGGAAUAGGAAUACAUUCGAUCACGGUGUAAGGAACGAGGGCGCUGUCAUGGAUGACGAAGCAAGUGAAACAUCACCUAACGAGAUCAAGCUUCGCAACAAUGAAAGACGACAAUGAACGAAUUGAAAUAGCACAGUACGCGUUUCAACCUGGAGUGUAAAAGAACACAAUGUGAUAUUUAGCAAGUCAGUGCAAAUUGGUUGAUUUGUUUGUAGCCCUUUACAGAAAUGCGAACCCAAUGACAUGUUUGGUGCUCACAUGAAUUGUAUUGUACAUACAUGUACAUAUGUAUGUAAAUCCAUAUUCUUGUGUCAGUGGCCGGAGGCUUAUAUCACAAUCAAAUGUCUUUUCUUGUUUUGAUAUAAAUAUUGUUGUUUUUAA